AUGUACGGCUCGAAUCAACACGACUCGCAGCCCGAAUGGCGGCUGCCUGCACCUCCACGCCGUCCCGAGGGACAAUUUGAUGUCCCUCCACCGCAGCCGCCUCGUCCUCAGGUCGCUCUGUAUAGUCCGGCAACAUAUGGCCAGAUCUCAACCUCGCCGAAUCCCAGUACACCAGUGUCUGGGUCUGCGGACUCAAGAACGUGGGGUGUACGAUACAACAAUCAACAACAACUACACCCGGUCUACGCCCCGCCGCCUUUGCCACCUCGGCCAUCCAGUACAAAUGAGCAGCCGUAUGCCUAUGCGCAGUCGCAAAUGCCGGGGCAACCGCCGCCCCCAGGCCAUGUUUAUGAAUCUUUUACCGACGCGCAACCUUCAUCUGCUUCGAAAAUUCCACCGCCAUACGUGCCUCCGCCUGCAUCACUACCGGCACUUACUAGUGUGCCACCUCCACCUCCAAAGAUCCCACAGGACGCUCACCCAGCGGCACCUCAGGCCAGUUCACCUGUGCGGCCGCCGCUUCUCGCGCAAGGUGUAGGCCCGGCGGCCACACUAGGCUCCUAUGGAUUCCGGUCGAAUACGAACUCGGCCCCAACGGGUCCAUCAGCUUUGGGACCUGGCACACCUUCUGACUGGGAGCAUAUGGGUCACACGACAGCUGACUUUGACGAUGCGGCCUGGUUCCCGGAUAGGCCACCAGCGCACCAAAAUCAGGAGUCGGUCUAUAAUGCGUCAAAUUACGGUACUAGAUUGCAACCUCAGUCUUUGGAUAAUACGGCCACCCCUCCUUCGCAGAUGGAACCAGACCAGCGGAUUCAUCCACCCCCGGACAUGGCUUCCCGCCCAGAUCCGGUAAGACGGAAUGAUUCUAUUUCGCCUAUCAGUCCUGCAACAACAUUCGGAAGCCAGCCAUUAGACUCUACAGCACCGACAGUGACGGGUCGUGCGUCCUUUACUCCGCCGCCCCGUGUGGACAGCGUGAGCUCUGCUGGCUCAUUCGGGGAUCAUACGGAAAGCAUUGAUAAUGUAAUUGAUGCGUGGGUUCAACCGCUGUCCGCCGCGCCUAAGCUGGCUCAGCAAGCUCAACCAGCCCAGCAAGUUCAGCCUGAGCGUGGAUGUCACAUUUCUCGGCCUUCUUCCACCCACCAGAGUAAUGAAGGAACUCUAACCGGAAUUUCGAACCCCAUUCAAAGCAAUACGUCUGUGACUCAGGAUCCAGAAGUAGUCGCAAGCACAGCGGUGCCAACUCCACUUGCGUUACAUGGAGUCACCUCAGCUCCUAAACCCUCUGAUCCAUAUGAGGACCUCGACCCAUGGUGUAAAUCCUCUCUCACACGCUAUGUCGCGAUGCUGCGCAAGGAGGCUGUGGCUGACUCUGAUGAGGAGCGUUUCAAAAUCUUCACGGCUUUCAUGGCUAAGGAGACCAAGCUACGGGAGAUCCUUUAUAAUAUCGAGCAUGAUACUCAAGACAUCUCGCCAGCUCCACGAUCAUCUGUGCCGACGCCUAAGCGCACGCUCUCACGCUCUUCAGAUCGAAAGUCGACGAUUGACUCCGGCUUGAUACCCGUGGAAUCGGACGAGGUCACAUCACCUGCAGCUACAACGGAAUAUGGGGACGAUAUCGACGAUACGGCCAGCGAGUUCAGCUCCGGAGGGCGACCUAUCCAAGCCAAGUUGGCUUGCCGAGGCUCACAACAGCGGCCAAAGCUUUCGACUCUUCCCGGCGGAGAGGAAUUAGCAAACGAUUCUUCAAGUCACCCCUCAAGAAAAUUCUCCAUACACGAAUCUGCGGACAGACAUGUUCUAGAGCCCCUGGUUUCGAAUCCCCCACAACCAAUUUACACUCCCUUUCAGUAUAUGGAAGGCCCGCAGCGCGGCUCAGACAAGUUGACAUUCGCCCGCCCAGCAUAUGAGGCCUAUUCUGAUCUUAGACAGUCAGCUGGCAGCGGACGCAUUAUGUCAAAUGCUCCAGCACUCACGUCGCAGUCAAGAUCAGAGAAUGUGACCACAAUUCCUGCUACUGAUAAACAUGAUGAGACCUUUCUCGGUCUGAUUCGUCACAAGAGCACGGCUUAUCGUGAGCUUGGUCGCCCAGGUACCACACCAGUUCCGCCCUUGCCAGAGUCCCUUCGGCAAGGGCGACCAAAUAGCUUGCUCGAAGAGCUGCGCUCAAUGGUCUGGAAACCUUUGGAUAAGCAGUCCGAGAGCUCGUGGCACAUCACAAUUCGGCAGGGCCUCGAGGAAUUUUCGGAUGACUUCUCGUAUAUUCAAGAAUCUGUCGAUAAGUGGGAGUUGUCCGCGAAAGAUCGUCGUCACAGACUGGAUGAGCAGCGCAUGGUUCGGCAAGAGGAGUCCGAGGAGCAGAUCGAUAAUCUUUUCAACGGAAAAGAGAUCGGCUAUGCCGAUAUCUAUACGCUCGAAGAGGACUUCCGUCAGACUGAGGCUCGCGUUCAGCUGGACGAGGAACGUGAGGAAGUGGGAAGUUUCAUCGCUCAAGUCUUCAAUCCUCUGGAUGAGCGCUUAAAAACCGAAAUUUCCGUACUUCGCCAGUCCUACGAUUCCGCACUCCGCCAGCUGGAUAGAGACCAGAAGGGAAAGAACUCACCAACGGAGCAAUGUAGUCCAUCAGUGACGAUGAGCUUGGUCAACGAUAUUCACAGGAAGCUUGAGCUCCGCUUCCAGAAGCGACUCGAACUUGCCCUGGACUGCGAGCGCCGUCGUAAGAAGGCCGAGCGUCGACCACUAGUUUUCAUGGGCGACAUGGCCAGCCUUCGAAAGCUAGACGGAGACUUCGAUCGCAUGGAGAAACGAAACAUCCUAGAAGCUGCAAAAGACUGUGACGACCGAGCCAAUCGACUAAUGGAUUCCUUCGAUGAUGCAAUUCUUCACGGUCUUGGUGCGAACCAGGGUCUUCUGGACGAGCUCGCGAGCAAAUUAGCCCGACUAGACCCCACGAGCCUCCGCGCUUCCGGUCUACCUGAUGCUGAAAUUGAGCAGGUGCUCAAGUGGGCAGCGACCUUUGCUGCCUCUCUUCGGACCGACUCGGAGGCCAUCCUGCGCAGCUCGGGGAUUGCCGAUUUGGCACUUAACGAAGCCGACUACAAUGUCGCCGUCGCUGAAGCACGGUAUUCCAACUCGGAGCCAGGAAUCCUCCAGCGGCUCGAGAAUGAGAAGAAAAAAGAGGAUGACGUGCUUCGGAAAGAUAUGGAUUCCAAGGUGGAGAGCAUCCAAAGAGGCCCUCGUGAAAUAGAGAGUACGAUCAGGCGUCUUCUUGAGGACUUGAGCAUGACACCCCGGCCCCCAAAUGCUGGGCCGACCUCGACAUUUGCAGAUAACUCGACUCCUUCGAGUCAAACAGCUGACGUUCCGCCGAUUCUCGUGCGGCCUCCCACUGCUGUGCCCGCCCUACCUUCAGCUGCGGCGAGCCCAGUUCAAGACCUCGACGUGGAGCACAGAGAACGACUGCGCAGGGCACUGGAAGAAGCGAAGAAGCGCAACGCGGCCCGGGCAAAUCACUAG